AUCAAAUCGUGUCAGCGACGGCUCCUGUGUAGUUACCUCGACGGCCGAGCGCACUUGUAGCUUUAAAUCUACCCGAGACCGACCGACCGUUCGCCAAUGUUCAUUCGCCUAAGUCGCCUGCAACAACCACACACUCGAAUUUAUCCGCUUCUCCGCUUGAGGUCCUGUACCAAAACCGAGUAAGUAAAUUACCAUCAAUAUGGAGUUAAACGAGUUCAAAGAUUUUGCCGCGAGUAUGAUUGAAUACGUGGGAAAUUAUUUGGAAAACAUUAGAGAUAGAAAAGUACUGUCGUCAGUUAAACCAGGCUAUCUGCGUCCAUUGCUGCCUACAGAAGCGCCCAACGAACCGGAAAACUGGAAAGAUGUGAUGGCCGAUAUUGAGAAACUUAUCAUGCCUGGGGUGACGCAUUGGCAUUCGCCGAGGUUCCACGCUUAUUUCCCUACAGCUAACAGUUAUCCGGCCAUGGUAGCCGACAUACUGAGUGACUCCAUCGCUUGCAUCGGAUUUUCAUGGAUAUCGAGUCCUGCGUGUACUGAGUUGGAAGUCGUCAUGAUGGAUUGGCUAGCUAAAAUGAUUGGAUUGCCAGAGUUCUUUUUGGCUUCAGCCGGUCAAGGCGGUGGUGGAGUAAUACAGGGCACGGCAAGCGAAGCCACAUUGGUCGCGUUGCUAGGAGCCAAGGCCAAAGCGUUGCAGACCAUCAAGGCGUCCAAUCCCGAGCUAACCGACGCAGAAAUCGUACCAAAACUAGUGGCCUACUCGUCACAGUUAUCCCAUUCAUCCGUCGAACGCGCUGGCCUACUAGGCGGUGUCCUGCUGCGAGCCCUAGAUACCGACUCCGAACACAAACUCCGGGGUGACACCCUCAAGGAUGCCAUCACCGAGGACCGCGGCAAAGGACUUAUCCCAUUCUUUGUGGUAGCUACUUUGGGCACUACCAGCUGCUGUUCGUUCGACCGCUUGGACGAGAUAGCCGAAGUGGGAAAUGAAGAAAAAAUUUGGGUGCACGUGGACGCCGCAUAUGCAGGUUCGGCUUUUGUGUGUCCAGAAUACCGUCACUAUAUGAAAGGAAUCGAACUGGUUGAAUCGUACAACUUUAACCCUCAUAAAUGGCUGCAAGUCACAUUCGACUGUUCUGCGAUGUGGUUGAGAAACCCAAAUCAUGUGAUCAACGCUUUCAACGUGGACCCGUUAUACUUGAAACACGAACAGGAAGGACAAAUGCCCGACUACAGACACUGGCAAAUACCAUUGGGGCGUCGAUUCCGUUCGUUGAAAAUGUGGUUUGUUUUUCGUCUGCUUGGUGUUACCAAUCUUCAACAGUCCAUCAGAAAGGACAUCGGUCUAGCCCACGACUUUGCCCGACGAGUAGAGGCCGACCCUGACUUUGAGUUGUUUAACGAGGUCACCAUGGGAUUGGUGUGUUUCAGAAUCAAAGGUUCCAACGAACUCAAUGAAACUCUAUUGAAAGAGAUCAAUGACAGGGGUAAAGUGUACAUGGUGCCAUCCAAAGUGAAAGGCACGUUCUUCUUGCGCAUGGCCGUGUGCUCCCGUUAUACCCAACUCGAUGACAUCGAUGUUACAUGGAACGAAGUAAAAGAAGCUGGGAAAACCGUGAUGAGCAAGCAAAACAAAUAAACACAAUCAAUUGAAUUAUCCCCGUCUUAUCCACUUUAGUGUUUUGGCCACCACAGAAAGAGGCUUUGCACGACCAAACCAUACACAAAGUAUUAAUAUCUAUUAUAUAAUGGUCAAAUCAGGCGCUUGUACUUAAUCAUUAUUUAAUUUAGAAAUGUUCGUCGGAUUAGUGCCCCAUAACAUUGGUACUAUAAUAAAUACCUAAUAUAGUUAAAUUGUUUUCUAAUGUUUACGCAGUUAUAAUAGUAAGAAAGUGUGUUUUAAAAUAACUUUUAUAUUUCAACAGCUUUAAAAACAUUACGUAGAGUUCUAAAUUGCACUAGAAUUAAUUAGGUGCGACCAUAAGCACAAUUCUGUUUAAACUUUCCUUUUUGUGUAGUGAGUGCAACUUUGAAUAAAUUUCUAUCAAAUACCAUAAUUUAAGUUACUCAAAUAAUUAUUAUACCUAUAUAACAUUUAAUUUUCAAAAUAAAUAAUAACUAGUUAUUUAUACUGCUGUUGCAACUUUAAAUAUGCAUUUUAAUUUUAAGUUAAAUUUUUUGUCUCGUAUUAAGGCUUUAAAAGAAAUGUAUUAUUUAAAAAUCAUCUCAUACAACAUUGUUAUUAUUAUGUAAAUCACUAAGUUAUGUUGUAAUAAUAUUCAUGGUAUAAUAAUAAUUUCUUUAUAUGAUUUUAUAUUUAUUAUAAUUGUAUAAAUCAAAGUUAAAACAAUUUUCCACACUAUUCAUGUUUAUAUUACAUGCAACAGGGGCGUAUUUAGAUAUUUUUUUUGGAGGGGGGGGGGCUGAGGCACUAACUCUUAAUAAAAACUUGACAAUAUAAAACUUCUACAGUUCACAUCAUAUAGGCUCAUAGGCAGACUGAAAUAAAUUCCGAGAGGGGGCUGGAGCCCCUUCAUCUACCCCCAUAAAUACGCCUCUGACAUAUAAUAUAAAUAUAUAAAUUAAUCAACAUUAUUUAUUAUAAUAAUAAGUGCUUAUAAAUUAAAAUUGUAUGAAAACAUAAAUUAUUUAUUGUCUUAACAAACAUUAAAUUCCGAAUGUCUUUAAAACCCCAAAAAUAAGUUGUAAUUUUGAAAUUCUGAACAUAAUAAUUCUUAUUAAAUUUAAAAAAAAAACAUAUUCUCUAUUAAGUCACAAAAAGCAAAAUUUUUUUUUUGAAAUUAAAUAAUGUGAUCAUAGUUUUACAAAAAUUAUUAACAUGUUAUGUUGUUCCAAGUAAAAAAUUAUACUUGUAGUAAGAUAAGGUAACUUCCAUUCAGAAAGUCAUGACUACAUUCCACGGUAUACGUCAGCUUAAUUUGCAUAGAAUUCCAUAAGAUAAAUGCAUAUCAAGACCCACAAGAGGACUAAUGGUACUUAACCAAGCUACAAGAGGAUUGUCCCUGAAAAUAAAUAAUUAACAGUAAUCAACAAAAUAUCAUGUUACAAAGUAAAAUUGAAGAUAAGUUAGCAAUUAUUAUACAUUUAUUACUGUUAUAAACUAUUAAAUUUACAUGAUGGUG